CUUUCGUUUUGUGGUAGAGGUGAUAUACCAGUGCCAUGCCUGAACCCGCGAAAUCCGCUCCAGCCCCGAAGAAGGGCUCUAAGAAGGCGGUGACCAAGGCGCAGAAGAAGGACGGCAAGAAGCGCAAGCGCAGCCGCAAGGAGAGCUACUCGGUGUACGUGUACAAGGUGCUGAAGCAGGUGCACCCCGACACCGGCAUCUCGUCCAAGGCCAUGGGCAUCAUGAACUCGUUCGUCAACGACAUCUUCGAGCGCAUCGCGGGCGAGGCGUCCCGCCUGGCGCACUACAACAAGCGCUCGACCAUCACGUCCAGGGAGAUCCAGACGGCCGUGCGCCUGCUGCUGCCCGGGGAGCUGGCCAAGCACGCCGUGUCCGAGGGCACCAAGGCCGUCACCAAGUACACCAGCUCCAAGUAAACUUGUCACCUUCGGCAGCACCAACGUCAUCAGGCUCUUUUAAGAGCCACCCACGUUGUCAUUUAAAGAGCUGUAACUUUACAAGCUUGGUGAAAAUAGAACAAACAGUAUUUUUGGUCGCUAAUAACUAUCUGGGAACACAAGUUUCCGGCAUGAGACCAUGAGACCAUCACCAAGGAAUAAAUCUAAGUAACCAAGACUACCAUGCAUUCUGCUUCGCUACUCCAUAGCUACUAAAAGCAAUACACCUAUGAUGUUCCCACCUCGAGAGAAGGCUUUCCCGUUUUCAGUUUUUCGUUGUUCUCCCAUUACUCUAGAUCGGGAGUAAGUAGGGGAAAGCCGUUCUCCCGGUUUUGAGUUGCCCUAAAAUCAAAACAAGGGAGUAAGCAUUCUUGAGAAAACGAAACUACCUUCCUCCACCCCCCACCCCCGUUAACUUUUUGUGAGGUUGGGAGUGGCUACAGCGGCAUCUAAUGGAGCAGGGCACUGUCUGCAACUUGCAUUUCUAAACCACAGUGGGUGACUGCCAGUCUCAAACGCGCGUCCUUCCAUUUCGACUAAUCUUCACCGCAUAUUUUAACGUAGCUAAAUAUUGCCUCUUGGCAAGUUCAGAAACUUUUCCACUAGUUUUCUACCCGGCUGAAUACAUAGGGGUUUAAGAGACCCUCCUUACAAAUGGAAAACAUGAAGGGGGAGGAAGCAAGUGAAAGUCUCCAUCUGUGAUUUGGCGCGCGGGGGUGGAGGGGUGAGGGGGGUGGGAGGGUAGGAGUUGCGGGGGAGGCAUUAAGAGAGAGAUCUGCCUCAAUUUCUCAGCCUCUUCACUCCUCAGCCCAUUGGAGUCCCAGAGUUCUCCCUAAACCUCUCCGUGUCCCCAGUGAUCUUGUCCUCAGUCACAUCCUCAUUCCCUGGGAUUUUAAGGGAGAAGAGUUAAAAAGGAAUUACCAUUCGUGUGCUUGUCCUUUGCCUGAUUUCAGCCUGCAGUCAUACAAAAUGGAAUCUCCCAUUUUACAAGGGAAUGACCUGAGGAAUUAAGGUUAAGUAGCCCCUUGCAUAAAUAAAUAAAAAUGGGGUCUGAAUCCCCAUCUAAGGACUGUUGACUUUUUCUCAAACUAGAGACCGGUUGCAAUCAUAGGAAUGGGCUAACAGGCUCAGAGGGAAAACUGACCAUUAGAAUAAAAGAAAAGUAAAA